AUGUAUGCUAGGAAAUUGCAAGAAGUAUACAACUCAUACCUGGAACAGCACAGUCCCAUCAUGAGUCACUAUCGAGCGCUGAGAGAGAAAGACGACUUCUACCAGAGAGACAUCGCGAGAAAUGAGCAACUGAUAGAACAGGCUGCGGAAAUAUUAACAAAUCUACAAAACGAGUGGAUGCGAACAAUGAGAACAGUAAGCAGUAAAUUAAAUCGCAUGAACGCGCAAAAGGAAGAAUUAGCACGACGCUACUGGCAAAUGAAGAAGGAGUCUAAGCUUGCUAACAACAAGGACGAUGAUAUGUUAACAAUGCUUGUAGAUUCUAGUCAAGACGCUAUUAAGCGCCUAGAAGCAGUAAGAGAAAAACUUAAUAAAAUCGCACAAAUGCAUCAAAUAUGCACCAAGUAUGAAAAUGAGAGGCUGGACGUACUCGUACGGUGCUCGGAAGAAGAAUGGAGGCCGCAAAUUUUUGAAAACCUGAACGAUGUUAUGAUGAAUGAAUGCAGGGAGUAUUCGAAAAUGGAUAAAUUUUUACUCAAAGUAAACAGAGUUAAAGUUCAAACAAUGUGCUUAAAAGCUGAAAAAACCAAACUUGCUAAGGAGAAUUUACAGUUGAAACAAUACAUCAAGAAGUAUCUCACGGAACUGGCUCUUAAAGGCGGGAAAGAAAGGCCGCUUAGUAUGGAAGUACGAAAUGAGGCGCAGAAUCUGGACGUCAACGGGAAAAUCUUGAAUCGGCCAGUUACCUGCAUUGAAGGAGCGCUCUCAAAUGCUGUUAUGUAUGAAAAAAGGAUGAAACUACAAGAGAAGCGCGAAAAAGAAAUAGGAGGUAUUCGUGCAUAUCAAAGAAUUUACUGCUGGUAG